AUGUCCCUUGGCAGAGCAACACUCAAUCAGGUGCUCUACUUCGUGGGCCUCAAGUACAGCAGCCCGACGGUGGCGUCGGCGCUGAACAACACCCUCCCGGCGGUGACCUUCCUCCUGGCGGCGCUGCUGAAGAUGGAGCCCGUCGCCGGCCGCGCCGGCCGGGCCAAGGUGGCCGGAACCGCCCUGUGCGUGGCCGGAUCCAUGCUCAUGACGUUCUACCGGGGCCCCCUCGUCAGGACCCUGGCGUCCCCCGUCCACUGGCCCUACGUCCAGGGCACCAUGGCCGCCGAGGCCGCCGCGCACGCCGGCGGCCACGCCGUCGUCCUCGGCGCCGUCCUCGUCAUCGGCUCCAACGUCGCGUGGGCCAUCUGGUUCAUCAUCCAGAAGAAUCUGUCCAAGAGCUUCGCUUGCCCGUACACGAGCACGGCGCUGAUGGCGUUGAUCGCCAGCGUGCAGUGCGCCGCCAUCGCGGGGGCGGCGGAGCGGAGGUUCUCGGCGUGGGAGCUCGGCCUUGACAUCAGGCUCGUCGGCGCGCUCUACGCGGGGAUCGUGGCGUCGGGGAUGGUGUGCACGGUGAUGUCGUGGUGCAUCCAGGAGCGCGGGCCGGUGUUCGUGUCCAUGUUCAGCCCGCUGAUGCUCAUCGUCGUCGCCGUCGUCGGCUGGGGCAUCCUCGGCGAGAAGAUACACGUCGGGAGUGUUAUCGGCGCCGUGAUCAUUGUCGUGGGGCUGUACACCGUGCUCUGGGGCAAGGGGAGGGACUUGGACGGCGCCGCCGUCGCCAUUGCCAGCUUGCCCGGCGACGAGGAGAUGAACGGCGUCGUUGGCGCGGACGACACGACAGGACGAGCCCCGCCCGUCGGACAGACGCGGCAUGACAGCUGUCAGCGGAAAGUAGCAGCAUAGGAGUAGGUGUUUCCAUCUUGUUGCGUGUAUGCUUUAUGGCAAAAAAUUAACAGACAGAUACAAAUUGUCAUGAAUAGUACCACCUUCGUCGCUUUGAUUUUCCUCCUAUUUAAAACUUUUUUAAGUUUUAUUUUAUAGAAAAUUAUAGCAAUUAUGUCAAUUCAUGAUGAAAUAAAAAAAUUCAUGCACACAAGCAAUU